GAACACUGAGAAUAAUACAUCGGUCAACUGAAACCAACACGAAUAUCGACCGAAUGGCCGUUACAUGUACCUUAUCAGAUAGCUUGAAACCCCGCCUCACUAUCCUGGGAUAUGUGUAUCAUAUUGUACAAUGUAUUUAUACAUGUAUAUGCCCAGUACUACGGACGAAUGAUAAUGCAGGCUAGGGAUUGGGCUGAUCCCAUGAUUGACAACACUACGUAAGGGGCAGAACGGACCACUGCGGUCAACACUUUGUGAAUGAAACUGCUCCACGCGACCAGUGUGCGUGGAGCGCUGCUACCUGCAUGUCUCAGUGCGUACUCACUCCCAAGAGUUAUUUGAAGAGGUUACCGGCGGACGCCAACUGUGGUACGGUCGUUUCCCAGCUUGUGGAGUAACUUGCCUUGGGAUUGAUUUGAUGCACGUGGUAAAUAGCAAAAAAGUGUCCCCCACACACGGGUCACUUCGUAUAAAACGAGAUAGCACCUGGGUGAGUUUCUCAGAUGAUCAGUCGAGGAGGAUCUCGGUGCGACUCACGGAUGGUAAAAUUGUAAGCCCCCAUCUGAUUUUCUGGGCUUAGAGAACACUUUUUUCGUGUGAACCUGAGCCUGUCUGCGUUCAGGGCUAUUGUAGUCCACACCGUCGUCACGGCACAGGUACAUGUACAUGUACGUCACGAGUGGAGCGCGUCAUUACCGUGUCCCGGUGGUACAACAUACCUCGAGAACCACGUGCAUGAAUGAAAGAGAUAGGGCUCCCUGUGCCCCAUUAACUCAAGUUGCAGGCGGAGUGCGGUGGGCUUACACGAUAUCCUGACACACCGGCGACCUCUACUAUUGACUGACGCCACGCGGUCGUGCGUUGAAGCCUUGUUGGAGACUCACCGCGAGUCAGCGGAGCCGUGCGCGCACUGUAUAGCUACGCCCCUGGCUCGUCUACUGAGGUGUUUCCCUUGACACCUCAGACAAUUCAGCUAGGAAAAAGAUAGGACAAGUAUGACAACACUGCUGGUCUAACUGUUCACCUAGGGAAAAAAUUAGUGGGACCAAGCCCUUUUCUACCAACUCUGGUGGAUGACAAACUGGCUUGUAGAUUUGUUUUGACAUGUGAGGUGUACCACCGUCGUUAUUUACCAAGGCACGUGCAGCAGGUUGAGUGUACGUGGUUGAGCCCUGAUCUAAAUAUGCCCAUUCCGACUUGUGACGUGUGAACUGUUUCAUGGUUGUGACGUGUGGGAAUUGACAGGAAAAGCCCCCCAAAAUGAUGCGAAGAAGAGAGAGAUUGAACAGCCGUGAACUUGCUUCUCUCGCCCAACUUGUUCUGUUUUUGUGGUGGACCGUCAACGAGGCUUGCGGACAGCUUAUCGGGGACAUGGCCAUGUGUGACAAGGAAGGGGAAGUGGUGAGUUUACCCAUUCUGCUGGGUAACCCAUGCAUACACUGUGUAUGCAAGAAUGGGGUCAUAAUAUGUGAACGGGAAACUUGCCCAAAACUGGAUCAGUGCGCCCUCAUAUUUACUUCACUUGGGAAAAGUUGUUGUGAAAAAUGUAAAGUUUGUAGGUAUAACGGAGAUGAGUUCGUAAAUGGUCAACAGUGGGGUGCACAUAAUGAUCCUUGUCAACAGUUUGAAUGUCGAGAAGGAGUUGUGACGGCCACCCGGAGGCAGUGUGAGGAGCCAUCCUGUGCAUUUCCCGUUACUGUACAAGGCGAAUGCUGCCUUGUGUGCCCAGAGUGCCUCUUUGAAGGCCGGCAGUACACCGAGGGAGCGACUAUUAGGUCUACUGAUGAUGCCUGUCUUGAAUGCAAGUGUAAGAAAUCUGGCCUAACAUGUCGAAGACUCACGUGCCCGGUGCUGUCUUGCCCGCCCAAUCAGCAGAAGACUCUGCCUGGGGAAUGCUGCCCAAAAUGCAUAGCCCCCAGAAAAGUCUUCGAUUUGGGCCACCGGUGUUUGUUCGGUUCAAGUGUGUUCGAUGACGGACAGAGCGUCCUUGCGGAGAAGUGCACCAAGUGUGUGUGCCUGGACUCCACGGUGGUUUGCCAGAGGACUGUCUGCCAGUCAGAGCUGGACUGUCCUGUGGCAGAGGUCAUCCACAACGAAGGCGAGUGCUGCCCGAAAUGCAAACCCAAAUCAUGUCGGUAUGCUGGAAAUGUAUAUCAGGAAGGAGAGAUGUGGGCGCCACACGCCUGUGAAUCGUGUCAGUGUGUGGGUGGCGAAACGGUCUGCUCAACGGAAACAUGCCCAUCUACAUCAGAUAGCUGUCCCAAGAACCAUGUUUUACGGAUACCUGAAGGCGAAUGCUGUCCCGAAUGCAUAGAGAAAAAUGCCUUAUGUUCCGUGUUUGGAGACCCACAUUACAGAACCUUCGAUGGAAGACUGUACAACUUCCAAGGAACCUGUAAAUAUAUACUGACCUCAGAUUGUCAAGACCGGACAUUUACCGUACGCGUGCGCAAUGAAGGCAGGCAGACCAGUAGUUUUGCUUGGACCAGGACUGUCUUCAUUACCAUACUAGGUCACCGGGUCACGCUCAUGCAGGACUACGCGGUGCGAGUGGACAAGCAGGACAUAUCGUUGCCGUACGAAAUUCCUUCCACGUUAAGCAUCCGAAGUGACGGAUUUCUGAUUCGGGUUACUACUGAAAUAGGUCUUGAAGUCGCUUGGGACGGUGACAGCCUUGUUGAGGUGUCCUUACCCCCGACGUUCAAAAACAAAGUGUGCGGACUUUGCGGCAAUUAUAAUGGCAACCGGCUGGACGAUUUCCAACUCCGACACGGCGCGAUAACGACCGACCCAGAGCUUUUCGCCGAAUCGUGGGUCACUGGCAACAGGGAGAAAUGUGCCAGGGCGCCCUCAUCGACGCAGAGCGUCCCAUGCGGCGACAAUCCAAAGAGGCGAUUGAGGGCUCAUCGGGAAUGCAAUUCGCUGAGGUCUGCAAAAUUCCAAAGGUGUGCAGAGGUUGUCGACAUGUGGGUAUAUUACAGGUCGUGUAUAACUGACAUGUGUGAGUGUCCUAAACACAAAGAUUGUUCCUGUGAAGCGUUGAGGGCGUUUGUGAGCGCCUGCCAACAAGAGGGGAUUGAGGUUGAACUAAACAGCACUUCAUCGUGUACAGUACAAACCUGUCCAGAGGGCGCUGUUUUCGAUGAAUGUGGACCGCCCUGCCCUCGGACAUGCGCAAACAAGGACGAGCCGUUCCUCUGUGAAAGACCAUGUGUCGCCGGCUGCCAGUGUCCUGCAAGGUUCGUGCUGCACAGAGAUAGAUGUAUUCCAGUGGAACAGUGUCCGUGAUAUCUCCAACGCUACCUGUGUUGACUUAACUUGUUCAAUAAUGUUUUACAUUGUCAAAAUUAUGAAAGAUCUGUUUCUCUCUUACUGAAUCAAUUGCCAUGCGUAGUAAACAUCGCUCUUGAAGUAAGGCUACCCACUUUCGCAGUGAAGAUGUCUCAGAGGACAGGUACCCCUGAGACAGUAUCACCUUUAGUCUGUAGUCAUUGGUACGUAUCAAUGUGACUUCCGCUCGUGUAGGGCGUGUUACAUACAUAAUAUGCCGUUUUGUCUCUAACAAGUAUGCGCCCCCACAAACGUCUCUACAAACCGAAAGUCUUUGGUCAAAGGUCAAGAGAAAAUCCAGGACUACCAUGAUUUCGAAAUAUGUACUUGUAAUUAAAGGUCCAGCUUGGAAAUUUAUUUGUGACGGAUCGAAGAAUAUGUGUUUUUUUACGAUACAUUUGACGUGCAUGUAAAUAGCCAGUAUCAUUUGGGCAAGUACGGAUGACGGUUGUAUAGUAAGAGCAUCCUUUGUGUCUCUGACUUGUUUGUUGUCUUGUAACGUCCACAUGCAAAGCAUGCUCGUUUUAGUUAAGAAACUUCGUUUAAGACAUGUUACUGUCAAGUUGCUGUGUUACCGGAUGGCCUUGUCACCGCUUAAUAACUUUGGAUGGGAUUGGCCUUGGCGUCCCCCGAUUUCUAUGCCCAAGAAUAUUGGCCGACCACACAGAUGUUUGGUCGACAUGUCGUCGCCGGGGAUUUGGAUGUAGACCUACAUGUAUAUUCACAUCCACAAAUAUUUCCUGAGUUUUCUUUACUGUUGGUUGUUUUGGUUGGUAUUUUUCCUUUUUUUUUAAUUUUCUUGGCCCUCCUGCCUUGAGGGGUGGCUUUGUGUUCUAUUUUGUUAUUUUGUUGUUGUGAUUAUUGUCGCUAAUGGUGUCGCUGUUGUCAUUGUUGUUGUCGUCACUGUUGUUGUGUUGGUCGUUGUUGUCGUUAUCGUUGUGAAUUUGAUACUUUUGUACACUGUGGUGUUAAAUUAUCGCCAAUAGCUUCUAUAUAUGAUAACAACGAGCUAAUUUUGUCCGGCACAAAUACCCAGGCUAUGAAGUUUAAAUCACAGUAUUUGCAAUGUCUAUUCUGGUUCUACCCUAGUUUAUGGGGAUGUAGAUUUCCUUUUAUAUAGACCCAUAUAAUGGCAUGCUUGAAACAUAGAUUUUUAGGAUGUGUACCUUUCUUGAGAGACUUUAUUUUGCAGUAUUUCUAAUGACAUAAUGAGGUAGGAGUCAGAAAAUUAACCGUGUCGAGAGAACCGUGUCCUUUCGCAUGACAUAUUCAGUGAAACUGAGAGUUUUAAGUAAUUGGCUAAUAACAUUACAAUGAAUGCUGAUGGAUUCACAGUGACUCGACACUCCCGCUUUAUCUGAACUUCAACCCAUUCCUUUCAAUCUUUGCGUAUGGCCCAUUGAGACACCUGACGUGCAUUUUUAUGCAGACCUCAUAGCUGAUCAUUUUGGUAUUGUGCAGUGUUGACUUUGACCCAUUUGAACAUUUCCGUGGCGUCAGGUGCACGUUGUGUUUUGAUUGUUCCCGCGUGUCAUGGCCCUAAUGGAACAAUUUACAAAAGCAUAGUAUAGGGAAACGACCCUUUGACCGCUUUGCAUGAGGGGGGGAGUAAUUUUGGCCCUAUCAGACCCUGUCAAAAAUCUUCCAACUGCCAAGCAGAAAUUCAGAGGUAACGGCCAACUCUCAUAUACAUGCAUCUCUGUUUUGACAAGUCGUUUGAUUUGUACUUGGCAAAUUAAUUUCAUGAGCUAAUAUUCCGUAUUAUCUUGUCGAAUUGGCACUUUUAGUCUGUGCAGAAAUGAACGAUCUUACCUGGUUUUGAUUAAAUGGAGCACCCACUAUGCUUCUACUGCAAUGCACUCUGCUUCAAGAACAUAAACAGAAAUCUUCAUAGUGUCGAAACAGUAAUGCUUGAAGUAAACUUACUAUUGUACGUUGGGUAAAAAUUGACCUGUAUAUAGCAAUCAAGAAGCAGUGUCCUGUUUGUCAGGUUGUGUUACUCUUGUUGAGUCUUUGUUCGUGGUGGUUUUCAUUUUCACGUGUUUUAAUCAUUGGAAACCUCAAAAUUGAGAUACCUCGAAGAACUUUGCGUUAAAACGAAUAGGCCUGAAAGUCUGUAUUUUGGUAUUAGGGUGUUUUUGUUUUGGUAUAUCAGCCAUUAGGUCGUAUUAGGUCGUUGUUUGGAUAACCGGUGAAGCCUUCAAUAUAAUUAGCUAUAAAAACAAUGUUAAUGUUUAAAAGUGAAUUUUGUAAAUUAUUUCAACAAAGUUUGAUGUUCUUCGGGCAUACAUUAAUCAGUAUCUACUCCAGCUAGUAUGUGUUAUAUCAUUGAUCAACCCGGUAUUUUGAAAUUCAACGAUUAUCAACAAAUUACUCGUCGGAAUGUAUUAAGUUGAAUUUUGCCAUAUACCAGACUCUGGGUAUUUGUGUAUUUUAUUGUAUUCUGUUACAUUGAACAUGUUGCCAAAUGUACAGCAAUUUUUCAAGAGCUACUUUGUAAUGUAAUGAAGCUAUACAACUGAAUUGUUUUAGGUUAUAGUGCAAUAUCAGUGUAUUAUAAUGUGUUCAUAUUUCAAUUUCCUAGAUUUGAAUAUAUUAACUGUAGAUUUUACCGAAAUAUUUCAAAAUGAUAGCUGUUAAAGUAUUCUGGAAGAAAAGGACUCUACAUAAGAAAUUCAAUUUUCAAGCGUUAUUACGUUUUUUGUAAGGGGACAUGGAAGAUCUACAGCACCACCGACGCCCGGCAGUAUUGUUAACUCUGUUUAAAAGACCCUUUUUAUUGUACAGUUGUCAUUAAUCAUUAUUUUAAUGGUGGGUAGUCUUUGUAUUGUAAGAAACGCGUGGAAGUAUUCCAUGAUACAACAAGUUAUUUUUAAGAUAAAAAUUCCCUGGAAUAUAAAACUAUUCUGAAUUAGUUUGCCUUUUACAUCCCGGAACUCUUAAGGAUUCUUUGCCUGUACGUUGAUGGUUUUCUCGAAUAUGUAAGACCUGCAGUGCGUAGCACUCCUCGGUUAUCUUCUUAAGCAUGCGGUAUAACUGUUCACAACCUUUAAUUGGUAUUUAAUCGGUUGAAAAUAAUGUGAACAAAGAUAGCACUGUGACACUAACCUCCCUGCUAGUCGGUCAUUCGUUGCUUUUCGGCAUGGGCAUUCGAAAUAUACAUGCGUUACCUUGCGGUAAUCAGUCAUUUCAUUUGACACAUCUGAAAGUGUAGAGAGACAUUCGAGUCCUUCAUUGCAUUUAAUUCAGCUUAUAUUUUCCCAGGCCAAUGCAUAUUAAGUUAUUCGCAGUAUUUUUGACCAGUUAAGAAACAGUUUAAAAGGGUCUUGUAUGUGUUUGGAAUCAUUUAGUAUCGAGCAGUGAACUCAGUAUGCCGUUUAUUUAAAGUUGGUAUUUUUUUGUGUUUGCAUUGCAUAAACCUGUCAUGUUCGUUAAUACAUGUAUCUAUGUUUAUACAAGGAUGAACUGUUAAACGCUUCAAUCUAUUUUUUAAAAUGUACCAUUACGGGAGCAGGCGAGAAGACUGCUUUAAAUACGCAUGGUAGGAAAACAAAGUUGUUGCUAGGUGGUGUUAAAUGGAAACUGGUCUGAGAGAAAAAUGCUUCAACUGUAGGAUUAGGAUUGCUCUGAAAUUUAGUGAAGUGUUCUCUCUGUUGCUUCCUAUCAAAGGCAAAUUACAUAUUUCUAUCUGUGAUAUGUUGUACGGUUACUCGAUUCUAAUGUGUAAUUGAAUAUUGUGAAUCCCAAUUGCGCAAGUAUAAACUGUUUUAAACAAGUAUUGUACAUAGAUGUUUUUAUUUUUAGCGUAAUUAAAACUUCCAUAUCUUACUGUGCAA